AUGGCAGAACUCAACGGCAGACAGCUGGCCAUUCUAUUGCAGAAUUGGAACCAUCCAGUCAUCAAGCCGUUCCUUGCCACAGCCGCAGCGGGUCUAGCAGCCAUUACUGUCUACGAGAAAGGGCUUCCAAUCGACAUCGAUACCAAGCGGCUCAACCAUUUCAUAGCACACCUCGCCGCGCCUGAGUUAGGGAGAGGUCUGUACACACCUGAUGAAUGUAUGAGCCCUGACCAUCCGACAACCCAGAUCUUUGGAAUUUCGGAGCCAGAACUAUCUUCUACCGCUGAGAUCACCGCCCGUACAAACAUCCCAGAACUCUCAGAUAUUCUUAGUAGCAUGGACACCGAAGGCGCAAACAGACGUUUUCAGACCACGCAAAACAUCCCCACUAUCAGCCAUCAUAUUGGCAGUGACGGUACACACGCACACCAAACGACGUCACAUCUCAUUACACCUACUCCGGUACUUUCAUCACAUAUUUCGGAAGCACCAUACACUACCACACAUCUUUUGAGCGACACACAAGCGCAGAAUGCUAGCAUUGUCAGCAACGGUAGUGCUCUCGGCCUUGCUACAGCUGGCCUUGUGGCUACAGGGGCUAUCUUCUUAUACAAGAAGUUUAGGAAUUACACAAAGGCUCAAUCGCAGAGGCUUACCGAAGAGCAACUGAUAGCAUAUUUGAUGCUACAGCUCGACCAUUUCAAGGCCUCCAAAAUCACAGAUGGAGAACUCAUAGCACAUUUGAAGCUACAGCUUGAUGAUGUCACGGCUUCCAAGUUCAGGAUUGAGACUGCGCUUGAGUUGGCGGAGAACGACCUGCGCAUGUCCAACGAAGAUAAGACCCGGCUCCGAGGGCAACUAUCUGAAUCCAGUACCCUUUCUAAUAAACUCAUCCAAGAUCUAGCAAAAGCAGAGUUGGAGGGAAGUCAGAACACCAAGAUGAGUAAUGAGAUCAUCAAGCGUCUCGAAGAGUCUGUCGCCGUCUUGGAGAAGAACCGUAGCACAGAGAUGCAAGCAAAGAGCCAACUCCAAGAUGAGCUAUCUGAAGCACAGUCGGCUGUCAGCAUUCUCCAAGAUGAGAAAGCUGCUCAUGACCUUGAAGUUCAGAAGCAGUUACGAGCGUUCCAGCUAGAGAUGGCCGAUCUUACCAAACAGCUUCACUCUGCAGAUGCCGAGAAGACCAAGCUUGUGGAUCAGCUAGCAGCCAGUGAGGCUGCUGCUAACGGUACCCAACAACGGAUGUCUAACAAAAUCGAUGAGCUCGACCGGCAAAACACUAGCCAUAAAUCCCGUUUGUUGAAAGCUGAGGAAGACCUAGAGAAGCAGAUGGCCACCGUUAAGGUUCUGCGCCAAGAGGCGCGUGAAGCAAACAUCGCUCUCGAGACUGCUAAAGAAAGGAUCUUCCAGCUUGAGAAGGAGAAGACGGUCAGCGAAUUGUGCAAGCAAAGCGUCUCUAAGACUUGUGGUGAGGUUGACGACGAUGACGACCCCAACCACAGUACCACUGGCUCGACAGAAGGCAGUCAGCAAGAUAGCUUACAGCAGGAGGCUUACCCAGCUAGUACGCCAGAAUCGUCUUCACAAGCUAUCACUGUUGAGAGCAAUGAAGAGCUGUCACAAAUGUCGAUGACAUCUUCAGUUCCACUGUCUGGCGAACUGAACAUCCCCCGUCGAAAGAAGCGUGAGUUUUGGCACAGUCACUGGAGAGACAUCAACUCAAAGAACACCUACUUUGAUGACGCAGUGUGUGAGCUGAAGCUUCCAUGUUUCGAUGCUAGGUUCAGCAGCAUUGGGAUAGUACGUCCGGCAGAGAACCACGAAGAUCGAACGUUGGAGAGCGGGAAAGUGGUCGAGCACACCAAGUGCAAUCUCUGUCUUCAGUGGUACACGAAGAAAGACAUGUACGAUCACUUGAAGACUUGCAAGGCUUUUUGGGAGCUUGCUGUACGUUGUGGUCAUUGCAAAAAGAUCUUCAAGUACAACACUGCUUUCUUCGACAAACAUGUUCCAAAUUGCGAGACGAGGUCAAUGGAGGAUGAAUGCUCGGAUGAGCAUUUUACCCUUGCAAAGUCUGAGGCCGACGCGACCACGACACACAACUCUCAGCAGGGCAACUCGAGCUCCAGUGUGUUUAUUGCCCCUGGAAAGCAGAUCAACCCCGACGCGCCACCCUUCACGCCCGGAGGCUCACUACCAGGCCACGAAAAACCUAUUCCUACUGGUCCUCGCUAUGCCGGGUCAAAUUUCCAGCAGGGUCGAGGUACAUCAUUCACCGGCCCACAAUCUACACGCUCACCUCGAAACGCGCCCUACAUGACGCUACGCGGCGUCUCACCAGCUCAUGGAUCGGGGUUCGGAACACAUUACCCAACUGCCUGUCCUCCCAAUGGACUCCAGAUGAAGCAGGCCCUGCCCAACCUGCAGAUAGAGAAGGAUAGAGUGGCCAGGACGAAGGAACGUUUUGAAUACAUAUUGGUUGAAGACAGGGGUUGGACGUUAGACGUGGUAACAGUAGCGAAUAUUGUCAUAUGGGCUGGAGCCAAGGCUUGCACGGUCUCGGUAGACGGCUAUCUCAAAAACUCCUUAUUCACUACCCCAAACCUGGUCGGGGGCGGGCUCCACUUUGACAUGGCCGCUGCCCAUGCUCAACCCACGAGUAUCCACGAUGCCAACGACCAGGCUCUCUGGCCCCAGGCCCCCGUGCAACUCGCGCGUGGACGGCAGCCCAGAGACGCGCUCGCGAAGACGGUGCCCUACGGCCCCAUCCGCUCCCCCGACCAAUUCGAGACGUCAUUACGCGAAUACCUAAGAAGCCCGCCAGAAGAGCCUGAGCACACCGAAGCCCAGUUCGCCUUCGACAUCGACACGUCCUUUGCCGUCCCUUCACCACCUAAGCCGACCCCAUCGCAGCAGCCUCAACAGGCAACUCACCCGCCGCCGCCGCCGCCGCCCCAACAGCAACAGUCGCACGCCAUACACCAAUACAGCCAUGCGCCGCCCGGCUACCAGCCCGCACACUUUGCUGGCCCUUCGCAGUACCAGUCCCUCUCAGACACCGACUUCGCCCUGGGCCACAACUUCACCGAGUCCAUCGAGCCCAACCAUGGCGCGUCCAAGCCGGCGGAGCAGAAAACCGCCGUGAGCAUACGAGAGGCUUUGCAGCCAACAGCGGACCCCAAGGAAAAGAUGCGGAAACAGAGGGCAGUCGCCAAGUGCUGCGUCGACACGAUACAGAAGAUCGACGGAUACCGCUACAGCUUCCACAACUGUUGGAACAGCAGGGAGGACGACAGCUUCCGCUUCUCCUACUACUGCAACGACUCGCUCCUCAACAAGGACCGCGCUGCCAACGGCAAGGGUGCCAAGUUGGGCAAACGUGCCACCAAGCCCGUCUACGACUGUAAAGGUGUCUUGUCCAUCAAGUUCUCGGCCACCAAGCAGACACUCGACGUCUUCUACAAGCAUGUGCCCAUACACAAGACAUACGAGGAACGCGCCCCGCCCCCACGCAAAGACUCCAAGCGGCGCAAGUAUCUCGAGGAGAAUGACCCAGAGGCUUUGGCUAGGCUCGCAAGCCGCUCGAGACAGCUAAGCAGUGAGGAUCCAGACACGCCCAGGAUCAAGAAGAAGCGAUCCGACCCUCUGCCGGAGCCUCCAAGGCCAUCCAACACGAUUGAGAGCGACCUGAGACAACAGAGUCUGCGUAUGUUGCUAGAGCUGAUCCAGGUAGAGCCGCCCACGCAUUCGCAGCACACGCUCAUUGAGCCUCCACCACCUCCGCCUCCACCACCUCGUCCGACCCCGCAAAAGCCUCACCCAGGGCCGCGCCCUACACUACAUGUUGAAACGCAAUCACUAUCAGCACCACAGCGGAAGCGGCCGAGGAACAGUUGCGAUGUUUGCAAGGCUAAGAAGACCAAGUGUGAUGGCAUUAAGCCCAUAUGUUCGACAUGCAACGACAAGAGACGGCUGUGUGUAUACUCUGAGCCAGCGAGUGGCGAGGACCAGCGACCACCUACCCAAGCUCCUGAACCGGCAGCUCAUCCCGCUGGCGAAUCCGAGCUUGCAAAGAUCAUGAAGGAGCUCGAGGAAACCAAGGCAAAGCUGAAACAUUAUGAGGCUCGGGAACGAGCUUCGACUACCCCAAUCCAGACGCCGCAAAUGGCGCCACGACCUCGCUCGCAACAAUCCCAAGUCCAACAAAAGCCGCCGCCUCCGCCUCCGCAACCACCACAACAAACUCAUGUUCAACAACAGCCGCAACCAGUACAAGUCCCGCAACAACCUCGUCACCGAUCACAAGUAUCGCAGUCACAGACGUUGCCCCAUGUGUCUCAGCAGCAACCGCAACGUCAACAUUCAAUACCAAACCACCGUCAACAACUGCAACAACUCAAUCAAGGUCUACCGCACGGCGUGAGAAGCCCACAACAACAGCUAGCCUACAAGAUGGGUAGCCAAUCACCCCAACAGCGCCUACAGAACCCGCCGCAACAACUACCGCAACAACUACCGCAGCAGCAGCAGCAGCCGCCGCAGCAGAUUGGGCCUUCACAGCAGUCUAUGACUCCACAACAGCAGUUCCAGGCAGCGACAGCCCAACAAAUGCAAACUACACAGCUUCAGACACAUCAAAACUAUUUUGCAGCCAACCACUCCAACCACUCUCCGUAUGGCACGCUCAAUCGGCCCAUGCCGCAGAACACGCUGCCAGUCAAUCCCAUGGCAUCGCAGCCAAUGGUGACGCAAAACAGCAUGUCAGCACAUACGAACGCGCAUUUACCACAGACACAGUCUCAACAGCCACCGGCGCCCACCCUUGAUGUAAAUAAUUCGUAUGGACGUCCUGGGGAGUUUGCAUGGGCACCCACUGGGUAUUACGGAUAUCAAAGUGCGUCACCACCACCACAACAACAACAACAACAACAACAACAACAGCAACAGCAGCAGCAACAACCACAACAACCACAACAAGACCAAUGGGCUGCGACGAGAGGGUCAGGCAUUUUUAGAUAA